CCGAGCUCCUCAGGAAUUUGAAUUUCCCCAAGAAACCGCGACGCGCCCCGCGCCUACACCGUGACGGCUGCCGCAUCCACAACCGUCAUUCAAGCUUCUGCACGAGAAGAAUUGCGACCGAACAGCACAAUGGCUCCCGCUCAACCCGAACUCAAGAAAUAUCUCGACAAGAGACUGUUCGUCCAGCUCAACGGAAGCCGGAAGGUCAUCGGUGUUCUUCGUGGAUACGAUGUCUUCCUGAACAUUGUUCUAGACGAUGCGGUCGAGGAGAAGGAAGGUGGUGAGAAGGAGAGUCUCGGCAUGGUGGUCAUCCGCGGUAAUUCGGUUGUCAUGCUCGAGGCUCUGGAGAGAAUAGGCGGCGACGAUCGUGGCCCGCGCUAAGGCCUUGUGCACCGUGGGCAGGUCUUAUCAGACGCCAAGCCAUGAAAGGCCCAAUUACUUGCUCGCUUAGGUACCUAUGAGUUGCGGCCGCGGGGUUCAAGACCCUGCCCGUCCAUUAGUUGGCAGCGAGCAUGGAGCUGGAAAAGCACAGCGGCCGGGAGGCGAGGGUGCAUGUUUGCUGCAGACUGAGGCUGAAGCUGAGCGCUGCAAGUAAAUAAUUAUAACAACGAAUCGAGUCCUUUUCAAUCCUCGGCAAAU